AUGGAAAACUCAGUAAACUCACGUAAGAAAACAAACUUGACCAAUGAGCAAAGACAAUCCAUUUACCAAAUGUUAUUGCAACAAAGUGUCGAUGGAGGAUUGAAAAGUGAAACUACAAGGGAUGCAGCGACACUCUUCUCCGUAUCUACCCGUACUAUAAGUCGCAUUUGGCAUGACGUGAAACUUCAACUUCAACAUGGAACGGUUGUUGAUGUAUCUUCAAAGAGAGCUAACGUGAUCAGACGAAAAAGGGUACAAAUCGAUUUUGCUGGUAUCUCACAAAUCCCAUUACGUCGACGAACAACUAUUCGAUCUCUAGCAAAAGCAAUAAACGUUUCGAAAACGACAAUGCAUAGAAGAAUUAAAGAAGGAGCUUUAAAAGCACAUACAAAUGCAAUCAAGCCGGAUUUAACCGAUGAGAAUAAGAAAACAAGGUUAGUGUUUUGUUUGUCAUCGGUUACUAGAUCUUUGUCAAAUGGUAGUCCUGUAUUUCAUGAUAUGUUUAAUGUGAUUCACAUAGAUGAAAAAUGGUUUUAUUUGUCAAAACCAUCUAAAGGUUACUACCUUGUCCCCGAUGAGGAUGAGCCGUAUAGGACAUGUAAAUCGAAAAAAUUUAUCACCAAAGUAAUGUUCCUAGCCGCAGUUGCACGACCAAGAUAUGAUUCAUCAGGUAAUGAAGUCUUUUCAGGAAAGAUCGGUAUAUUCCCGUUCACAACUUUGGAACCCGCAAAAAGGUCGAGAAAUCAUACGGGUCCAAUUUACAUUCAACAAGACAAUGCCAAGCCCCAUAUAGAGGUCAAUGAUGCGGAGUUCAAGCUCGAGGCGUCUAAAGAUGGGUUUGAUAUCCGACUAUGUUUUCAGCCUCCAAACAGUCCCGAUUUAAAUGUAUUAAACCUUGGCUUUUUUCGGGCGAUUCAAUCUCUUCAAGAACAAGAAGUUUUAGGUUCAAUUGAUGAGUUGGUUAGUGCUGUUAAAUCAUCUUUCGAAAGAAUGCCAUCACAUGAGCUUAACAAAGUGUUCUUAACUUUACAAACAUGCAUGAAAGAGAUCAUGAAAGUUCAAGGUGGGAAUAAUUAUAAGAUACCGCAUAUCGGCAAAGGUAAGUUAGAACGACAAGGGAAUUUACCUUUACAAAUCGAGUGUGACGAGAACUUGAUAUAUGAAGCCCUUUCGUAUUUGUCUCAGUAA